GACGUAAUGAUAUAGAGAGUUAAUGAAGUAUUUGAGAGUUGGCUUUAAUGGGAUGUGUUGAUCGGAUACCCCCCGGGGAGAUACAGAUGGGCUGUUACGGGUUGGAUCAUGUCUCGGCUUGGUCGAAUGCUAUACAACAUGGAUGAUGGUUAUCCUGGCUGGGAUUGAGCCUGAUGAAACGGAGCAUUGCCCUCCUUUCUCAUCCCCGUAUUGGGCUGUCUCUUUUGCAUGUUUUUCUGUCAGCGGCGUUAGCAUUUUCGUUGGAAGGUGGUAAACAGGUGUCCGAGAUUUGGAUAGGAAUCGGGGAAGGGGUUGGCUCACCUUUGGAUAUAUACAUACGGAUGGACAGGGGAUGGGGUUUGGGUCUUCUUCCUUUUCUUUGCUUCUCUCUUCCGUCUUUAACUUUUCCUCCUCUCCCUCUGUCUCCUCACUUUUUCUUCUUUCCCAUUUCUCAAAAGAUAGGCGAAGAAGGGGCCAGGGGAAAGAGAAUUAUUCCUGAAGCGGUGUGUGGUGGGGGAGCAAGCACAUAUAUAUGUACUGUACCUUUAUUCAUCGCUUCCACUCGCCUUCGUGUGGUUAUCAAGCAUUGCAAAAAUAUAAAUGGAUGUGGCCGUUAAUCUCGACGAGGCACCGGAAACCCGGUUUGCGAUCUGAGCGCCCGGUUAAAGAGAUGACAAUUUGGACGGGGUUGUGUUAUUGGUUGCCGGACGCUACCGACAGA